AUGGCGUGUAGUUCUGUUUUCCGAUUUUUGAUCCUGUUGACGGCUCUCGUUUGGCUUCUGGCAGCUGGUGGUACACCGCGAAAGCGGAGGGAACCUUGGACUAAUGGAAGUUGGUUCAACAUGGGUCUUUUAGAAUUCGAGGAGUGGUCCAACCAACCCGAUCUCUUCUCCGACAAGUCGCGGAUGUGCUCGAAGCUCCGCGGUCUGACGCCUGGACAGCGGCGCGUUUGCCGACGCCACAAGGAUCACAUGCCGGCUGUCGGAGCUGGUGCAAGGCAGGGUAUCACCGAGUGCCAGUAUCAGUUCAAGAGCCGAAGAUGGAACUGCACCGUGACGGGUGAUGAAACGGUUUUCGGGCCGCUAACUUUGAUCGCCUCAAGAGAAACGGCCUUUACGAACGCGAUCACCUCGGCUGGUGUUUCACUGGCGAUCUCCCGGGCGUGUAGAGAUGGCCGACUGGCGAGCUGUGGCUGCAGUCGAGCAGGCCGACCGAAAAAUCUGCAUGAAGACUGGGUUUGGGGUGGCUGUGGUGACAAUCUGCAGUAUGGAUACAAAUUUACUGAAGGGUUCGUGGAUAUAAGGGAGCGCGAGAGAAAAGUAAAAAGAGGCAGUCGGGAGCAGGGACGCCAGCUCAUGAACCGACACAACAACGAGGCUGGCAGAAGGGCUGUCAUUAAGAAGUCAAGGGUAACGUGCAAGUGCCAUGGCGUUUCUGGUUCUUGCAGCCUUAUCACUUGCUGGCAACAGCUGCCAUCAUUCAGAGAGAUUGGGGAUUACCUCAGGGACAAAUACGAAGGCGCCACAGAGGUGAAAGUGUCCAGACGAGGAAAGCUACGCCUGAACAAUCCGCAUUACAGCUUACCGACGGCUCACGAUUUGGUAUACUUAGAAGAAUCACCUAACUACUGUGUAAAAAAUGAAACGCUUGGUUCCUUAGGUACGACAGGGCGGGAAUGUAACAGAACAUCAGCUGGUAUGGACGGCUGCUCUCUGAUGUGCUGCGGCAGAGGUUAUAAUACGAAGAAGAUGGUGAUCAGAGAGCGUUUUUCCAAAACAUCACUUGUUGACAAGGGAAAAGAGGAUUCAAAUUCAAAACAUAGAAUGAAUGCCCAGAAAUUAAGUAUAAAAAAGAAGAAAUAUAAAAGGAAAACACUGAACAGUGUUCAGAAAGUAUUAGAUCAGUUAAAAAAUGAAAAUAUUUCUGGAAACAACUCGAUUAGCAGCAUAAGUUCAGGACAUAUAUCAGUUAUAGAUUUAGAUGCUACGAUAAAUUCACCAAUUAAGAGUAAUCCAAAUGUAAAUCAACAAAAUAAUAAUUCAGUAGUGAUAUGUGAUGAUGAUGAACUCAUAACAAACACAAGGCCUUGUGGAACAAUUAAUUCACAAUUAAAAUCCCCAAUCCACUGCUCAACACCACUUAGAAAAACAAGCAUUUUUAAGGAAUCACUCGGCAACAAUCUGAAUAAUAGCAAUUGCUCAACCACUCAAAAUCUUAACAAUCAAAUUGUCAACUUAACAAAGGAAAUAAAUAGAGAUUCUUAUGUAACAAUAGACUUAACAGAAGAUAGUAACAUGCUUACAAGUUGUAGCAAAAACAAUAACACUGUAAUAGAUUUAGUAAAUACAUCAGAGGGUAAAGACUUAAUGUUAACAUCUGUAAGCAACACAAGCCUGUCCGUAAGCGGAGAUUCAGAUGUUACAGUACUUAAUGUUGGACAUGGUAAAAAUCAACCGAGCAAACAAAUGCGUAAAUUUGCCAAAGGAAUAUCAAAAUUAGAUUCUAUAGAAAAAGGAAAGCUGCUCAAGUUGAUAACAGAAACCGUGUUUACCGGUUGCAAUAUUAAUAAUAAUCGAAGUAAAAUUAGCCUUGGAGUCAAGGAACAAAACAAUAUUGCAACUGAAACUGUAGAAGAUACUUAUAUAAAAGAAGUGAUACUCGGACAAGUGAAUUCAAGAAAUAGUAUUGGAAGCAACAUAUAUAACCCAGAAAGGGACAUUAAAAACCAGACUGGUCUUCGAAUGGUGGUUAUUGAUGGAAGUAAUGUAGCUAUGCAGCACAGAAUGGGCAGAGAAUUUUCAGUCAAAGGUCUAAAAAUAUGCAUAGAUUAUUUCCUUAGACGGGGACAUGUAGUGAAAGCUUUUGUACCAAGAUUCAGGUGUAAAUUUGGAAAGAGCACGGAACCAAGACUGUUGGAUAAGUUGGAGCGCCAAGGCCUUGUAGUAUAUACGCCGUCUAGGGAGAUCCAGGGCAAAAUGGUCACUUCUUAUGAUGACAGAUACAUCGUGCAGUGUGCCGCUGAGUUUGAUGGAGUCAUAGUUUCGGGCGAUAAUUACAGGGACUUGUUACUCGAGAAUCCAAGAUGGCGUUUUGUUAUAGAAAACCGUUUGUUGCAGUUCACAUGGGUGGGAGAUAUGAUUAUGUUCCCCAAGGAUCCUUUAGGGAGAAGUGGACCGACACUGGAUCAGUUUUUAAGGCAUACAUAA